GCUGGGAUUUGAACUCCUGACCUUCGGAAGAGCAGUCGGGUGCUCUUACCCACUGAGCCAUCUCACCAGCCCGAGAAUCAUUCUUCCCUUAGCUCAGGCCACCAGACUCUGGGUUCCAUAGUUUACCGCUUCCAAGUCCCGGCUCAAUAUGCAGGUCUAACCACCUCGUAACAGGCAAAGCCUUGAGAGAGGCUCCAAGUUCUGCUCACUGGACGUUUUCAUCCUGUUUAUCUUUCACCUUGGUCCAAAAGGGACCUUUCUAUGCUGUAACUACUGCCACAACCUACCCUUGCGCUACAACAGUCCUUGGCUCCUGGCUAAUUUUUCUUUCCCUUCCACCUGCAGUGAUCCUCCUGCUCAGCCCCCUCCUGCUUAGUCAUAGGCUUGCAUCCCCACACCUAGCUCCCCUGUGGUCUUUGACACUUUGAAGCAACUACUGUGGCUUGACAAUGUACAGAAACCUAAAGAUAGCAUUGGUUGAAGAUAAAGGAAGGUUGUGCCACUCAAAGCCACUAUCUGGGUCCCCAUCUCCACCCUUUUACCUGUGUAAAGUCCAGGUGCCUUAGCUGGGAACUGAAGAAAAUGAGUUCACAAUCUGUUCUGCCUUUGCCUUUUGAAAAUAGCAUCUCGCAGGGCAGUGGUGGCGUGCGCCUGUGAUCCUAGCACUUGGGAGGCAGAGGCAGGUGGAUUUCUAAAUUCAAGGCCAGCCUGGUCUACAGAGAGCCCAGAGCUACCGGGAUUUCCGCAGGAUCCAGCCCCCGCCCAGAACUGCUAGAGAGGGAGGUGACAGCUGACUGAGUUGAGGAAACUCCCCAGGAACCUGUUUAUCCACUUCCUGGCCAGGAUAAGGCUCCUACUGAAAGGACAGGGACCCAGGCUGGCCAUGGCCACGGCCCUGAGUCCACCCCGGGGUCCCAAGCUCAAAGGUGCUCCACCUUCACACUACUACGAGAGCUUCCUAGAGAAAAAGGGACCCUGUGACCAGGAUUACAGGAAGUUCUGGGCAGGCCUCCAGGGUUUAGCCAUCUGUUUCUACAAUAGCAAUCGGGACUUGCAGCCCCUGGAAAAGCUGGACCUGAGGCUGUUUUCAAAGCUCAAAGAUGAGGCUCUGCUGAAAAGCUCACGGGACACUGCCUAUCACUUCAGCCUGGUUCUCCGGGACCAGGAGGUGAAAUUCAAGGUGGAGAGCCUGGAGUCUUGUGAGAUGUGGAAAGGAUUUAUCUUGACUGUGGUAGAGCUCCGUGUCCCAUCUAACCUAACCCUGCUGCCCGGACACCUGUACAUGAUGGCCGAAGUCCUGACCAAAGAGGAGGUACGGAGGGCAGCCGAGGUGCCCUGGUGCUUUCUUCAGGUGAGCAGGCUCGAGGCGCAGCUGCUCCUGGAGCGCUACCCAGAGUGCGGGAACCUGCUUCUACGGCCUGGCGGGGAUGGCAAGGACAGUGUGUCUGUCACUACCCGGCAGAUUCUCAAUGGGUCUCCCGUGGUCAAACACUACAAAGUGAAGCGGGCAGGUUCUAAGUAUGUGAUCGACGUGGAAGAUCCGUUUUCCUGCCCCUCGCUGGAAGCUGUGGUCAACUAUUUUGUGACGCACACCAAGAGGGCACUGGUCCCCUUCUUGUUGGAUGAGGACUAUGAGAAGGUUCUAGGCUUCGUGGACUCGGAUCGGGAGAAUGGCGAGAGUGCAUGGGCUGUGCCCUCCUCCCGAGGCUCAGGCCCUGCCCUCCCUGCUAAUGUCCCGAAGCCACUCCCACGUGUACCUGUGUCUGUGUCCAGCCAGGAAGACAAGUUGCCUCAACUACCUCCCCUGCCUCAGUUACCAGACCAGGAUGAGAACUACGUGACUCCCAUUGAAGACUCCCCAGCAGCUGAAUACAUGAAUCAGGAUGUGUCUCUCUCCAGUCAGGCAGUCCCCCUGAAGCCCAAGAAGCUGGCAAGGCUCCCAGCAAAACCCCCAAAGCCAUCGGUUGUGCCUAAGCCAGAUCUCAAAGCCAUUACCAGUGUUUGGACCAGGAAGCUAGGUGGAAGCUCGCCCCAGGCUCCCUCCCUUGUGACAAGACUUGGGGAUAUCACCGCUGAGCUGGAAGAGAAACUACAGAAGAGGAGGGCACUGGAACACUGAUCCAGGCUCCCAGGGUUCAGUGGGCUAUCUCUGAGUACAAUAGUCUUCUUCCAGCGCUAUCCUCACUCAGGGGAUAGGACACAGCCAGCUUGGUGCAAAAUGACCUCCCUCAAGUAAAGCAGGGAGAGUCCUGGUAAUUUUGGGGCUACCCUGAACUGUAUAGUGAGUUCCACGGUAGCCUGGGCUACAAAGUAAGAUCUUGUUUAAUAAAGCUAAAGCCAAACCCAAAA